AUGCCCAGGAUACUGCCCUGGCUUCGUGCUGAUAAUAGCAUCCCUGUGAAAAAAGAGUCAACACCGCGGAAGCGCGUGAAAACGGAAACUAGUCCUGAUCGCGACCUCACUCCCAAAAACCCUCGAGUUUCACCCCCCACGCGUGAUUUCUUCAGAUCCUCCCAAAGCCCGCCGACCUCUCCCAUCAGACGCUGUCCCUCUGAAGAGUUUUUGAUUGAAGGAAUUCAACACGAUGAUGGCUGGGUCAUGGUCGAAGACGAGUUCUACGCUGUCGCCCAAACAUUUACUCAACAUCUACAUCAUGCGGAGUACCUGCGACGGAGAAAGGAAGUGAAAGCCGAAAAUGCAGCUGGAAUGAGAGAAAUUGGAAGGCCUACAGACAGCCGUACCCCAGUUCCAAAUGCAGUUGAACGGAAAAGAGAAGCCGAGGCGCUGAGGGAGCGACAAAAAGCUGGACUCGCGCAGAUAGGAGACGGAGGAGUCGACGAGAAAGAUGAAGAUGAGGAGGAUGAGAGAUGGGCUGGAACACAUCUUCAUGAUCUCAUGACAAGUCCACGAAAAACACGAUCCUUGACGGGGGUUCGCGGGCCCAAGUCCUCGACCAGAGCUGCUGCGGGCUUACAUGCGCCUACUUUAGAUACUGGACGAGCUCGGGUGAACAGUAUCGGGAGUGUGACUGCACCAUCAAGAGCACCAGAAGCUCCAAGCAUUGAAUUAGAUGAAGAGACGGCCUCGGGCUCGGAUGACGAUCUUGACCUAGAAACCCAGCCAGUCGUGCUGCCACCGGCCAGAGGAACAAAUGACACUCUACGAAAAAGUCAGGCUCACGAUCGAAGUGUUGCAACACCACAAGCCCGGCAGCGAUCUAACAUACAAAGCACGUCUACGUCAAAAUCGAAAGUGAAGCCAGCACAUGGGCGACCCAGUCCAGCGAACGCGUAUAAAUCACGGGUUCAGUCGCUUUUUGAUGACCUUGAUGAACUACCAGAGUCAUCUCGGAUGAAUGAGUCUAUUUCUAACAAUUCCCGGGGACCUCCUGCAAGACAACCGCCUGUAACGGGCGGAGAGAACAAUUUAGAUCCAAAAAAACCCCGGCACAAUGAAGUGCCCACCUUCUUUCUGUGA